CUUGGUUUGAUCCCGCGCUGCCGAACCGAUACCACCGCGACUUUCCUCCCGUCAACAAAUCCGCUUCUUCCGCUGACCCCCUCUCUUUCCUCCUAAUUCUAACAACAAAACCCCCGUACUCACCUCCAACCUCUAUGGUACCGGCGCGUCGUUGUACAUAAACAUCUAAGCUAUGGAGGUUGUCAGUGCCGAGGUCUCCAACGGGGUCUCGCCAUCGGCGCAGACGACAGCUUCGGUAGAUCCGAGUGCUGUCAUCCAGUAUUUGAUCGGCGUGUUGCAGGUGACUCUGGGCGCUCUGAAAACUGAGCUGGAAAGCACCGGAAGCUUGCUAUCCGAGGCCAAAUACAAUGAGACUGUGCAGCGAUGUUCCCGGUUUGCCUCAGAGUCGCAGGUCGCUCUCUAUGUGCAGAAGGACCUGGUGCCCGCGGAGGAGGCCAACGGGGCCGACGUUGGCGAGGAAGCAUCCAGUCACUACAUGUACAGCCUCUCCGCCGAAAUCUCCUCCGCCCCGACCACCGUCGCCUCCGUCGCCUUCAUUAAGCGGCCCGCAGCCAUCGAUCCGUCGCUCCCCAUUUCCUCGCAAAUCCAGGUCAUUAACCUGCCCGGUGUGGCAGCCUCAGGCACCGCCCCGGUCCAGCAAAGCAACUCCCUUUCACCCUACGAGAUUCUACACCUGGUGCUUCACCAUGCGCUCAGUCCCUACUUUGAAGCCUACACCCGCACCCAGGAGGUCGCUGGCGGAUCUAAGCCUCGGACGGAUACAGAAGUGAAGACUGGAAUCCCUGGCACCAAGAAGAAGUUCGCGGAGCUAGAACUUGGACUCUUGCAUCUGCAGCAGAAUGUCGAGAUCCCCGCCUUGAAUCUGCCGCUUCAUGAGGUAGUUCAAGGGGCGCUUCUCGAGGCCGAAAAGCGAGGAGUCCGGCCUUCAGUGGAGUUGAUCAGCCCCACGAUACUGGAGAGCAGCGCUUUCAUUAACAGUAUUCAGAACAAUGUCAACGGCUGGAUCAGGUCGAUUCAGACCAUCACCAAGAUGUCUCGCGAUGCCGACAGUGGAUCAGCAGCUCAAGAGAUCAGCUUCUGGCUGUCGAUGGAGACUGCCCUCGAAGGUAUUGAGGCUCAACUGCGCGGUGACGGCGUCCAGUUGACGAUGGAUAUUCUUCGCCAUGCCAAGCGUUACCAGGCGACUCUCAGUUUCGUCGCGGACACAGGUCUGCGGGAAGCCACUGAUCUGGUACAGAAGUACAACCAGCUCAUGCGGGACUUCCCGCUGGACGAGCUGUUGUCGGCAACUACGCUGCAGAAGGUCCAGGAGUCUCUUAACUUAAUCUUCAACCACUUGAACAAGAAAUUGAAGAUUUGUCCCUAUCCCAUCAAGCGCGCACUUUCCUUGGUGGAGGCCAUUUCCGGAGAUCUGGACACAGCUAUCCAUUCCCUCCUCCAUGGCCGCACUAUCCUCCAUCUGGACUAUCGUGAAUUUCGAUCUCUGAUGAAGACCGCCGGAGCCAUCUGGAGAACCUGGGAUGAGAAUCUGAAGGAGUUCACCAAUGUUGCUCGUGAGUCCACCAGACGCCGUAAUGAGAAGUUCAUUCCGAUUAAGAUCGCGGCACGGCACGAAAAGACCCUGGAGCGACUGAAGUAUAUCAACACUUUCAGAGUCAACCAUGAGCAGCUCCAACGAACAAUUGUGAACGUUCUCGGUCCAAAGACUACUUCUGCUGGAGACGCGGCCGCCGGAGCUGGUUCUGAUGGGGCCGUCAUUGUCGAGGAGAUUGGUGAUGUCGACGCUGUUGAAGAAGUCGCUCAAGCUUAUGCAGCCCUGAAGAAUGUCGACGUGCUGGACGUCUCUCCCGCUGGCACGCAGCAGUGGAUCAAAGAAGAGAUUGCCUACAAUGAGCGUACGUCUCGAGUUGAGAACUCCAUCAUAGCCCGCCUUCGGGACCGUCUCGCUACGGCGAAGAACGCCAAUGAGAUGUUCCGUGUUUUCUCCAAGUUCAAUGCUCUCCUCGUCCGCCCGAAGAUUCGAGGUGCCAUCGGUGAAUACCAGACACAGCUCAUCGAAAAUGUCAAACAAGACAUUUCUUCCUUGCAUGAGCGCUUCAAGCAGCAGUAUGGUCACUCCGAGGCCCAUGCAAUGGCGCAGUUACGUGAUAUGCCCCCUGUCUCGGGUGCCAUCAUUUGGGCACGUCAGAUUGAGCAUCAGUUGGACGGAUACAUGCGCAAGGUUGAGAAUGUUCUUGGAGAGGACUGGCACCUCCACACAGAGGGACAGAAGCUUCAGGCGGAGAGCAAUUUGUUCCGCAAGAAGCUAGACACGCGCCCAGUCUUUGAGUCGUGGCUUCAGGAUGUCCAACGGCGGCAUAUCACCAUUUCGGGCCGCCUUUUCAACAUUGUCCGCAACCGUGCUGCUGGAAAUACGCUGGAGCUUACUGUUAACUUUGAUGCUCAAAUCAUUGCCUUGUUUAAAGAAGUAAGAAACCUUAUCUGGCUCAAUUUUCAGGUGCCCCACGCCGUGAGCAACAUUUCCAAGGAAGCGAAGCGGGUCUAUCCCUUUGCAAUCAGCCUGAUGGAGAGUGUGCGUACCCUGCUGCAAACAAAUCGCUCGAUCAUGACCAUGACUGAAGUCGCGAUUCUGUUGAAUGGAUACGUCAACGAUGCGCAAACCAUGAUCAUCAAGGGUGUCCCCCUGAGAUGGGAGUCGUUUGUUCAUUCGUAUGAGCUCCACGUCAAGCAGUCAGCGUUGGCGAACGGUGCCAUCGAAGCAACCAUUCCAACUAGAGGAGAGAGCAAGCAUGUUCAAUUCGUGCGGGAAUUUGCUGGCUCAGCAUCUGUACUUCAGUCAAAGACAGCGGUCUUGGCUUCAAUCAAUGAAAGUAUUCAGAAGGCGAUCCAUGAGCUGAAAACGUGUCCCUAUGAUGCUGCUGCGUUUAGGCAACGCUUAGACGCUAUUCAGGUUGCAGUCGAUAAGCUGAAUCUGGAGAAUUAUGUGAACCUUGGAUUCUGGGUCGCCAACCUAAACCAGAAGAUCGAAAUGAUCCUGCGCGAGCGGCUGCAUCGUGCUAUACGCGAAUGGAUUCUCUCGUUCCAGGACGCAACCGAUAGUCAACACACCAUGCAAGUGUCUAGUGGAGUACAGACCGGGGAAAAUGAAGCCUCCUUAUACAGUAUCGAGUUUCCUGGUCUGGUCCAUGAGAUUUCCAUGCGCAACCAGGUGCUCCACCUAGAUCCGCCUCUGCAGUACGCUCGUGCAAGCUGGUUCGCUCAUUUCGAUAACUGGCUGGGUAUCAUCUGCAAUCUCGAGAAGAUCAAGUCGUCUAGAUACCAGAUCUCAAUCGACGUGCAGAAGAUCCAGCUCUCCGAGGCAUGCUUCGCUACUCUCCCUCAGCAUUGCACGAAUGAGCUGAACCAGGUCUACAACGCAAUCGAGUCGAGACUGAAGGAUGUUUCGGCCUAUGUCGACAAAUGGCUGCAGUUCCAGUCCCUGUGGGACUUGCAGUCGGAACAAGUUUACGACAUCCUCGGUGACGACCUAUCUCAAUGGUUGCAGCUCCUUCAGGAGAUCAGAAAGAGUCGGGCCACCUUUGACACCUCGGAAGUGAGCCGGUCGUUCGGUAACAUCAAGAUUGACUACGAACAAGUUCAAACCCGUGUCAACUCUAAGUAUGACCAGUGGCAGCAUGAGAUCCUGCUGAAGUUUGGGUCUAAGCUCGGAGGCCGAAUGAGGGAGAUUCAUUCUGAGAUUGCUACUGCCCGCCGGGACUUGGAGGGCCAAACUCUCGAGGCUGCCUCUACGGCGCAUGCUGUCUCGUUCAUCACGAUCGUUCAGCAAUGUAAGCGCAAGGCUAAGGUCUGGGAGCCCGAGGUCGAUCUUUUCCGUCAAGGUCAAGCCACACUCGCUCGGCAGCGGUAUCAGUUCCCCAGCGAUUGGCUUCACGUUGAGAAUGUUGAUGGCGAGUGGGCAGCCCUGAAUGAACUCCUUGCACGGAAGAGUAAGAUUGUUCAGGAUCAGACUGAAGGCCUACGUGCGAAGAUUGCGGCCGAAGACAAGGUCAUCGGUGACAAGAUUACCGAGGUUAUCAGCCAGUGGAACGAAGAGAAGCCUGUGUCCGGUACGAUUCCGCCUGAGGAAGCGUCUCGCACCCUGAGCUCCUUUCAGUCUCGUUUGGAGUCUCUCCAGUCCGAGUAUGAAAUGGUUUCCAAAGCCAAAGAAGCUCUCGAUCUUCCCGCGGGCGCUGAAUCUGCUUUGCCAGCCAUUCUAGAGGAAGUGCAAGAUUUCAUGUCUGUCUGGGCCGCUCUGUCGACCAUCUGGAAGAGCCUAAAUGAUUUGAGAGAUAUGCUCUGGACGAGUGUGCAGCCGAGAAAGCUCCGCCAAUCGAUCGAUGGAUUGAUCAAGAUGACGAAGGAAAUGCCCAGUCGCAUGCGUCAAUAUGCUGCCUUUGAGCACAUUCAAAAUGUUCUCCGUCAGCUACUCAAAGUGAACCCUCUGCUUUCUGACAUGAAGUCUGAGGCUGUUCGUGAGAGGCACUGGCACAAGAUCUACAAAGCAUUGAAGCCAGGCAAGAGGUUCUCCCUUGUCUCGUUGACACUGGGUGACGUGUGGGAUCUGCAGCUCGCUGUUAGCGAGACGAUUAUCCGUAAUAUUAUUGCGCAAGCGCAGGGUGAAAUGGCGUUGGAAGAGUUCUUGAAAUCAGUCCGCGAGACAUGGCAGAACUACUCUCUCGACCUUGUCAACUACCAGAACAAAUGCCGUCUCAUUCGAGGGUUUGACGACCUGUUUGCCAAAUGUAGCGAGAAUCUGAACUCGCUUCAGGCGAUGAAACAUUCGCCCUACUACAAGGAGUUUGAAGAGGAGGCUUCUUCUUGGGAGGACAAACUGAACAGAGUGCAUGUUCUCUUUGACGUCUGGAUUGAUGUUCAGAGACAGUGGGUUUACCUUGAAGGCGUUUUCACCGGCAAUGCGGACAUCAAGCACUUGCUGCCUCUUGAAUCGAGCCGCUUCCAAAACAUUAACUCUGAGUUCUUUGCUGUCAUGAAGAAGGUGUACAAGUCACCUUUCGUUCUGGAUGUCCUUGCCAUUAAUGGCGUCCAGAAGUCUUUGGAACGUCUGGCUGAGCUCCUGAACAAGAUCCAAAAGGCCUUGGGAGAGUAUCUCGAGCGUGAGCGUGUGUCAUUCCCUCGUUUCUACUUCGUUGGUGACGAGGAUCUGCUCGAAAUCAUUGGUAACUCUAAUGACAUCUUCCGCAUCGCGAAACACUUCAAGAAGAUGUUUGCUGGUCUCUCGGGCGUUCUGAUGGACGACGAGAACAAUAUCCUUGGGUUCACUUCCAAGGAGGGCGAGGAAGUUCGACUCAAGAAGGAAAUCAACCUGGUCAAGACGCCUAGAAUCAACGACUGGCUGAGUGCAAUUGAAAGCAACAUGAAGUUGACCCUUGCUGAGCUCCUGGCGGAAGCAGUGGAACAGUUCGCGCCACUAUACAAUGCCUCAGAAGUUGACCACACCGCGUUCAAUGAGUUCCUUGCCAACUAUCCCGCGCAAAUUGUUGUUCUUGCCAGUCAAGUCGUUUGGACCAGUGCUGUUCAGAAAGCCUUGGAGAACGGCGGAAGCACUCUCCCUGCUUUGUUUGAUUCUCAAGUUCGAGUACUGGAGCUGUUGGCCGCCACGGUCCUCGGCGAGCUGGAUGGAAUCACCAGGAAGAAGUGUGAGCACAUGAUCACAGAAUUUGUUCAUCAACGAGAUGUGAUCUCCAAACUCAUCUCCAUGAAUGCUUCCACCCCGACGCACUACCUGUGGCUCCUCCAGAUGCGCUACGUCUACCAUGCCGAAGGAGACUUCCUUCAGAGACUGUAUGUCCACAUGGCUAAUGCGAAGUUGAACUACGGAUUCGAAUACCUAGGUGUUCCUGAACGCCUCGUCCGGACUCCUCUCACAGACCGUUGUUUCCUCACUCUCACACAAGCCCUGUGUCAGAGGCUGGGAGGGUCUCCUUAUGGACCCGCCGGUACCGGAAAAACGGAGUCCGUCAAAGCACUUGGUCUUCAGCUGGGAAGAUUCACUCUUGUCUUCUGCUGUGACGACACUUUCGACUUCCAGGCCAUGGGUCGAAUCUUCCUGGGUAUCUGCCAAGUCGGAGCCUGGGGUUGUUUUGACGAGUUCAACCGUCUCGAAGAGAGAAUCCUAUCGGCCGUGUCUCAGCAGAUCCAAAACAUCCAGAUUGGUCUUCGGACUGGCGAAGACGACGACAAAGCUCAGAUUGAACUUGUUGGCAGACGCCUUUCUGUCAACCCUAACACGGGUAUCUUCAUCACCAUGAACCCUGGCUAUGCAGGACGUUCCAACCUCCCCGACAACUUGAAGAAACUCUUCAGGAGCGUGGCCAUGUCCAAGCCGGACAAAGAGUUGAUUACCGAAGUGAUGCUUUUCUCCCAAGGUUUCAAACAAGCCAAGCUUCUGUCGAAACAGACUGUCCCUUUCUUCGACCACUGUUCCACUCAGUUGUCUAAGCAGGCCCACUACGAUUUCGGUCUUCGUGCCCUCAAGAGCGUCUUGGUCAGUUCAGGAGGUCUGAAGCGUACCAGAAUCGCCAGCUCAGAUGGUGACCUGGGGCCGGAUGAAAUCAUCGAGCCGCAAAUCAUUGUCCAGAGUUUGCGUGAAACGAUUGCCCCCAAGCUGGUCCGUGAGGAUGUGGAUAGGAUGCUUGAGAUCCAGAGACAAGAUUUUGCCGGUGUCGAAUACGUGCCUGCUAAUUAUGAGAAGCUCACUGCAGCCGUUCGUGAAAUCGCCAAGGAGCAACAUUAUGUCGACAGCGAAAUGUGGAUCACAAAAGCCCUGCAGCUCUACCAAAUCCAAAGUAUUCAUCACGGUGUGAUGAUGGUGGGCAAGUCGGGUUCCGGCAAAUCUGCUGCAUGGAAGAUUCUCCUGCAGGCCCUCCAGCGCAUCGAAAAUGUCGAAAGUGUUUCUCACAUCAUCGAUUCCAAGGUCAUGUCCAAGGAAGCACUGUAUGGUAGCCUGGAUCCGACUACUAGGGAGUGGACCGAUGGUCUCUUCACUGGUAUCCUCAGAAAGAUUGUGGACAACCUUCGAGGCGAGGACGCGAAGCGUCACUGGAUUGUCUUCGAUGGUGAUGUGGAUCCAGAGUGGGUAGAAAACUUGAACAGUGUUUUGGAUGACAACAAGCUCCUGACCCUUCCGAAUGGAGAACGUCUGAAUCUGCCACCCAAUGUCCGGAUCAUGUUUGAAGUGGAAAGCCUGAAGUACGCGACGUUGGCCACGGUCAGUCGCUGUGGUAUGGUCUGGUUCAACGACGACACGGUUACGCCUUCCAUGAUGAUCUCGAAUUAUGUCGAGUCGCUUCGGACCCGAACAUUCGAGGAUCUUGACGACGACAGUGCUCCUGCUGGCCAAGUAGCAAUCAAGACCCAGGACGCCCAGGAGAUGCUUUCCAACAUUCUCAAACAUCUGUUGCAGACUGAUGAGCUUGUCCUGAAGUCUCUCGAAGAGGCUAAGAAUUACAACCACAUCAUGGAGUUUACCAGUAUCCGUGCGUUGAACACUUUGUUCAGUCUCCUCAACAAGGCUUGUCGGAAUGUUCUCGAAUACAAUAUCCAGCACGUUGAUUUCCCUCUGGACUACGAGCAAAUUGAGGCCUAUAUCUCCAAGAAGCUUCUCCUUGCGCUUGUGUGGUCAUUUACGGGUGAUUGCCCGCUGGCGGACCGCAAAGCCUUUGGUCAAUUUGUGUCUGCUUUGACAACAACCGAUCUCCCUCUUGACGGCUCGUCGUCUAUCAUCGACUUCGAUAUCACUUUGCCUAAGGCUGAGUGGACUAGCUGGCAAUCCCAAGUGCCCACUGUUGAGAUCAACACACAUUCCAUCACUCAAACCGAUGUGGUCAUUCCGACGGUGGAUACUGUUCGCCACGAGGACGUCUUGUACUCCUGGCUCGCGGAGCACAAACCUUUGCUUCUGUGUGGUCCUCCGGGUUCCGGUAAAACUAUGACACUGUUUGCUGCCCUUCGGAAGUUGCCCAACAUGGAGGUUGUUGGUCUCAACUUCUCCAGCGCGACGACUCCUGAUCUUUUGGUCAAGACUUUCGAGCAGUACUGUGAGUACAAGAAGACUCUCAAUGGCGUUGUCAUGUCUCCAAACCAGAUUGGCCGCUGGCUGGUCAUCUUCUGUGACGAAAUCAACUUGCCUGCGCCCGAUAGAUAUGGAACCCAGCGUGCGAUCUCCUUCCUGCGCCAGCUUGUCGAGCAGAAUGGCUUCUGGAGAACCUCAGACAAGACCUGGGUCACCCUCGAUCGUAUUCAGUUUGUCGGUGCAUGUAACCCUCCCACCGAUGCAGGACGUACUGCUAUGGCCGAACGUUUCUUGCGUCAUGCUCCCCUUAUCAUGGUUGAUUACCCUGGAGAGAUCUCACUCAUGCAGAUCUAUGGGACCUUCAACUCUGCAAUUCUUAAGAUUCUUCCUUUGUUGCGCGGAUAUUCCGAGUCCCUUACGAAAGCCAUGGUUCGAUUCUACCUGGAGUCGCAAACCAGAUUCACGCCAAAGAUUCAGCCGCACUACGUUUACUCGCCGCGUGAGCUUACGAGAUGGGUUCGUGGUGUCUAUGAGGCUAUCAAACCACUUGAAACUCUCUCUGUCGAGGGUCUUGUUCGUAUUUGGGCGCACGAAGCAUUGCGUCUCUUCCAGGAUCGACUUGUGACGGAAGAGGAGCGAGGCUGGACCGCGGACGCUGUGCGCCGUAUUGCACUUGACAACUUCCCUACCAUUGAUGAAGAGCAAGCUCUGAAGGGUCCGAUCCUGUUUUCCAACUGGCUUUCCAAGAACUAUGUUCCCGUCGAGCAAGAGCGCCUGCGUGACUUUGUCAAGGCACGUCUCAAGACAUUCUGUGAGGAAGAAGUUGACGUGCCUCUCGUUCUGUUCAACGACGUGCUUGAGCAUGCCUUGCGCAUUGACAGAGUUUUCCGCCAACCUCAGGGCCAUCUCAUUCUCAUUGGUGUUAGCGGAAGUGGUAAGACCACGCUGUCGCGUUUUGUUGCCUGGAUGAACGGCCUGAAAGUGUUCCAGAUCAAGGUGCAUGGAAAGUAUUCUUCGGAAGAUUUCGAUGAUGACCUUCGAACUGUUCUUCGCCGCGCGGGUUGCAGAGGUGAGAAGAUCUGUUUCAUCAUGGACGAAGCAAACGUUCUUGACUCCGGAUUCCUCGAACGUAUGAACACUCUCCUUGCCAACGCCGAGGUUCCGGGCUUGUUCGAGGGCGACGAGUUCUCCUCCUUGAUGACCGCUUGUAAGGAGGGUGCCCAGCGUCAAGGUCUUCUUCUCGACAGCCAGGAAGAAUUGUACAAGUGGUUCACACAGCAGAUUGUCAAGAAUCUUCACGUUGUGUUCACCAUGAAUCCGCCGGAGGAAGGAUUGUCAUCUAAGGCCGCAACCAGUCCCGCGCUGUUCAACAGAUGCGUUCUCAACUGGAUGGGUGACUGGUCUGACCAGGCUCUGUUCCAAGUUGGCUCUGAACUCACGCAGUCGGUCGACUUGGACAAGCCAAACUUCGUGGCUCCUGAUAGCAUCCCCGUGGCUUACCGCGAGCUCAGCCUACCUGCAUCUCACCGCGAUGCGGUUGUCAAUUCUAUGGUCUACAUCCACUACUCGCUACAGAGAUUCAACCAGCGCUUGCAAAAACAACAAGACCGGACUACAUACCUUACUCCUCGUCACUAUCUCGAUUUUGUCGCCCAGUAUGUCAAACUCUUCAAUGAGAAGCGUGAGGAUCUGGAAGAGCAGCAGAGACACUUGAACGUCGGUCUCGAGAAGCUGCGCGAUACUGUCGACAAGGUCCGCGAUCUUCGAGCCAGUCUUGCUCAAAAGAAGACGCAGUUGGAGAAGAAAGACACGGAAGCCAACGAGAAGCUGCAGCGCAUGGUUGCCGAUCAACGAGAGGCCGAGCAGCGUAAAGCUAUUUCUCUCGAGGUUCAAGCGGCCUUGGAGAAGCAGGAGAAGGAGGUUGCGCUCCGAAAAGAGGUCGUCCUGAACGACCUUGCUAGAGCGGAACCUGCCGUGUUGGAGGCUCAAAAGAGUGUCAGCAAUAUCAAGCGUCAGCAUCUGACGGAAGUCCGUUCGAUGGGCAACCCCCCUGCCAGUGUUCGACUUGCCAUGGAGGCUGUCUGCGCUCUGCUGAAUAAUAAGACCGACAGCUGGAAGAGUAUUCAGGGUGUCAUUCGCAAGGAUGACUUCAUUGCAAGCAUCGUCAACUACAACAACGAGAAGCAAAUGACGAAGCAGCUCAGAGUAAAGAUGCAAGCCGAAUUCCUUUCGAAGGAGGACUUCACUUACGAAAGAGUGAACCGCGCCAGUAAGGCUUGUGGUCCUCUUGUGCAGUGGGUUGAAGCGCAAGUCAAUUACUCCGAGAUCUUGGAUCGCGUUGGACCUCUCCGGGAGGAGGUCGACCAGCUCGAGGAGCAGGCUCUCCAGACCAAGGCUGAGGCCCAAACCAUCGACAAUACCAUCCGGGAUCUUGAAAGCAGUAUCGCGACCUAUAAGGCAGAGUAUGCCGCACUCAUCAGUGAGACUCAGGCUAUCAAGACAGAAAUGGCAAGAGUGCAGUUCAAGGUCGACCGCAGUGUUCGUUUGUUGGACAGUCUCUCGUCGGAACGCAUCAGAUGGGAAGAGGGAAGCAAAUCAUUCGAGACGCAAAUUAGCACCCUUGUAGGUGAUGUGCUUAUCGCCGCAGCCUUCCUUGCUUAUGCUGGUUUCUACGAUCAGCAGUUCCGCAAAGCCAUGAUCGAUGAGUGGGUCAACCAGCUGCAGCAAUCAGGCAUCAGCUUCAAGCCACACAAUCCUAUAACCGAAUACCUGUCCAAUGCCGACGAACGCCUGACCUGGCAGGAUCACUCGUUGCCGGUUGAUGACCUCUGCACUGAGAACGCCAUCAUCCUCAAGCGCUACAACAGAUACCCUCUUAUCAUCGAUCCUUCUGGCCGCGUUACGGAGUUCUUGGAGAAAGAAAGCACCGAUCGGAAACUCACGGUUACGAGCUUCUUGGACGAUUCUUUUGUCAAGCAACUGGAAAGUGCUCUGCGGUUUGGCAACCCCAUUCUUAUUCAAGACGCCGAGCAUCUGGAUCCCAUCCUGAACCAUGUUCUCAACAAGGAAUACCAGAAGACCGGUGGCCGUGUGCUCAUUCAACUCGGCAAGCAGGAGAUUGACUUUUCCCCCUCGUUCAAGCUGUUCCUCUCCACCAGGGAUCCGUCUGCCUCCUUCCCUCCGGAUGUCUGCAGUCGAACCACUUUUGUCAAUUUCACGGUCACGCAGAGCAGCUUGCAGACGCAGUCUCUCAAUGAGGUUCUGAAGUUUGAGCGCCCUGAUGUCGAUGCCCGGCGGACCGAUCUGGUCAAAUUGCAAGGCGAGUUCAAAAUCCAUCUUCGUCAGCUUGAAAAGCGACUCUUGCAAGCGCUCAACGAGUCCCGCGGCAAUAUCCUGGACGAUGAUAACGUCAUCGAGACGCUCGAGACAUUGAAGAAGGAAGCAGCGGAGAUCUCCAAGAAAAUGUUGGAGACCGAGGGCGUCAUGACAGAGGUCGAGAAUAUCACGCUCAACUAUAGCAUCAUUGCCCGCUCUUGCAGUGCUGUCUUUGCCGUGCUGGAGCAACUUCAUCAUAUCAACCAUUUCUACCAGUUCUCCCUGCAGUUCUUUGUGGAUAUUUUCAACUCCGUCUUGUACCAAAACAAGCGUCUGGCCCAAGAGAAAGACCAUGCUGCACGCGUUCAGAUCAUCCUUCGGGACUUGUUCGUGACGACUUAUCAGCGUACCUCGCUUGGAUUGAUUCAGAAGGACCGCAUCACGUUGGCGAUGCUCCUUGCUCAAGCCGCACCCUACGCCAUGGAUAAGAGUCUUAUCGACAUGAUUCUGGAUGAGUCGAUGGAGGGCGUGGACCUUUCUACAGUCCCUGAGCGCAAGGAUGAGACGUUGAACAAAAUCUCCAACAUGUCCAUCUUCAAGUCAACCUUCCCGGCGAUCAUUCAAGAGCAGUGGGACCAAUUCCUUGGCGAGGAGUUGGCGGAGAAUUUCAUUCCUACUGUGUGGGACGACAACACGGAGAAUCUGGACAAGCUGCUUCGGUCACUCUUGCUGGUGAAGCUGUGCAGGAUGGACAGGUUCGUUCCCACUGCAGAGCGCUUCAUCGAGGCCGUCUUUGGUCGGGAGUUGUUCGAGGGAAGCACGGAUCUGAAGGAUAUUGUCGACCAGGUCACGGCCACGACGCCAAUUUCUCUGAGCUCGAGUCCUGGCUUCGACGCGAGCUACAAGGUCGACGCCCUUGUCGAACGUAUGGACGCCACGUGCGCGAACAUUGCCAUGGGAUCCAACGAAGGUCUGGAAAGUGCCGACAAGGCAAUCAGCAACGCGGCCGCCGCUGGCACCUGGGUUCAAGUCAAGAACGUCCACCUGGCGCCGUCCUGGCUGCAGAGUCUGGAGAAACGAUUGGAAUCACUCAAGCCCCACAAGGAUUUCCGCCUGUUCCUGUCGAUGGAAUCCAGUCCGAAGAUCCCCGUCAACCUCCUGCGUGCCUCGCGCGUGCUCAUGUACGAGCAGCCCGCUGGAGUCCGCGCCAACAUGAAGGACUCGUUAUCGUCCCUGUCCACCCGAGCAUCCAAGGCCCCGGUCGAAAAGGCCCGGGUGUACUUGCUGCUGUGUUUCCUCCACGCCGUGGUGCAGGAAAGACUCCGUUAUGCCCCUAAUCUGGGAUGGAAGGGCUUCUGGGAGUUCAAUGACAGCGAUUACGAAUGCUCCGCCCACAUCAUCGACUACUGGGUCGACACCGUCGCCCAAGGCCGCUCCAACGUUGCCCCACAGAAACUACCGUGGGAAAUGAUCCGCACCCUCGUGACCGAAACCUACGGCGGCAAAGUCGACGACCAGGGCGACUUCAACCAGCUGGAGUCGCUGGUCACCGACCUCCUCACCCCCGCCGCCUUUGAGGACGAGCACACAAUCGUCAACGCCAGUAGUAGUGGUGGUGGUGGUGGUGGUGGUGGUGAUUCCGACGGCGGUAACGGAGGAGGCGGCAGCCUCGUUCUCCCGAGUGGGACUAGCAUCCGCGACUUCGUCGACUGGGUCAAUAAGCUCCCCGAGCGCGAGCCCCCGACUUACUUGGGCUUGCCGGCCAACGCGGAGAAGUUGUUGCUGGUCGGCCACGGAAAGAAGAUGAUUUCGGAUUUGGCCAAGGUGACGACCUUGUUGGAUGAGGGGGAGCAGUUGAUGAUUGAGUCUUAGGUUGUGAUGAAUCGGCGGAAGACUUUCUGGGGGGGAGGGUUGAACUUUUGAGAAUUGGGAGUGGCAGUGUGUCUGGGAAGCUGGGGUUAUUGGAUGCGUUGAUUUGGUUCACUUUCAGGGGGUGGAUGGAUGGAUGAUGGAUGGUUCUGUUCUACUCCUGUCUUUCUUACCACUACUUAAUCUGUUCGGAUUGGAGGAUGUGAAACUACGCUAGAAUUGGGGAAGAAGAGAGGUAAAGGAUUUUAGAUCGGGGGAGGGGAGAGGAAUGAUUGUAUUUUAGAUGUGUACUGUACUGUACAAAUCCUAUCUU